AUGGCCCAUCUCAAUCCUCAUCCUCCUACCGCGCAAUCCGAUAGCUCUUCCUUCUCCUCGAACUUUGUCGAAGUCACGCCUCCCCCUAUGGAAGAUUCGUCCUCAAACUCGCAACUUCGCUUUACGCCGGAUAUCAGCAGUAACAACACCUCGGAAAGCGGGAUGGAGCAAUUGAGUACCUCCACUGCGAAUAUAAAUCGUCCGCAACCCGGAUCGGUAGAACUCCCUCGGUUACAAACGCAACUUGGUCGGGGUCGCGCCGACAAUAUCGCCGCUGAAGAUGAAGASGAGCCGCAAUCGGUAGCUGAAGCGCAAAAGUUCGCAAGCGUUGCUGAUGGCUACGACGAGGAAGGAUAUGAUUCGGAGCUGGAAUACAAGACUCGGCAUCGAUUGCGAAGACAAAUGAGCAUAGGCGGAGGCGUCAAUGCUGAAUAUACGGCGGAAGAAGAGAAGGAGGUUGUGAAGAGACUAGAUAAAAGAUUGGUACUCUUCUUGGCUCUUUUAUAUAUGCUUUCCUUCUUGGAUCGGUCAAAUAUUGGAAACGCCAAAAUUGCCGGCUUAUCAAACGAUCUCAAAUUAUCAUCUUCGCAAUAUGAAUGGCUUCUUACGGCAUUUUACAUCACAUAUAUUGCAUUUGAGUGGAUGGCAUUAAUGUAUAAAAUAGUACCAGCGCACAUCUAUAUCCCGUUGUGCGUAUUCACCUGGGGAAUAUUGGCGUCCUGUCAGGCGUUGACCAGAGGAUUCUGGGACAUGCUCAUCAUUCGAGCAUUGUUGGGCGUCUCCGAGGCAGCCUUCGGCCCUGGCGCGCCGUUUUAUCUGUCGUUCUUCUACAAGCGCGAAGAACUCGCGUAUCGCACCGCGCUUUUCAUAUCUGCGGCACCACUUGCUACUUCAUUCGCAAGUAGUUUGGCAUGGCUGAUUGUGAAAUUGAGCAGCAACAUGCCUAUUGCGCCUUGGCGCUCGCUUUUUUUGGUGGAAGGGUUUCCGAGUUUGGUCGCGGCAGUCUUUGCUUGGUUAUUGAUUCCGGAUUCACCGGGAAAAGCGAGAUUUUUGACAUCGCGGCAGAGGAAAGUUGCCAAAUUGCGAUUGCAGUCGAAGAAUAAGAUUGAGAGACAUGGUUCACAGUCUGCUGAAUCGGAGAAGUUUAAUUGGAAGGCGGUGAUUGAGACAUUGUGUGAUCCGAUGUCGUAUCUCAUAGCUUUCAUGUUCCUUGGCUGCAAUGUGGCAUUCAGUUCGAUGCCGGUCUUUCUCCCAACAAUCAUCAACAAUAUGGGAUACUCAUCCAUAGCCUCACAGGCUCUUUCAGCGCCUCCAUUCCUGGUAGCAUUCGGGGUAGUCCUUCUGACAGCCUCACUAUCCGACCGCUCCCGCACUCGAAGUCCAUAUCUGAUCUUCCACGCUCUGCUAUCUGCAACAGCCUACCUCGUAAUCGGACUCACAGGCUUGUUCCAUUCACACAUGCCCACCUCCCUCCACACCAUGAUCCGCUAUUUAUGCAUCUACCCGGCUACAUCCGGCUUCUUCUCCGCCGUCACAAUCAUCAUCACUUGGAGCAUGGAUAACCGCACCGCCCAAGAAGGCAAGGGCAGCAGCGUCGCAAUCCUAAAUAUAGUCGGACAAUGCGGUCCGCUUAUAGGUACUCGACUCUACCCCGACAGCGACAAGCCAUGGUUUGUGCGCGGUAUGUUGGCGUGCGCUGCGUUCAUGUUGGUGGUUGCCGUAUUGGCAUUUUCGUUGCGACUGGUAUUGUUGCGUAAGAAUAGGGGGAUUGCGGAAAAGAGGGACCAGAUGGGUAUUGAGAUGGCUGAGGGUGAGGGAUUGAUUGAUCGUGGGAGAGAUCGGUCGAUGAUGCAGGAUGAGAUGUUUACAUAUAUUGUAUAG